GUGAACGCGCGGGAGAGAGCAAAAAUCCAAACAAUGGCGCCAUGACAGCUGUGUGCUUUCUUCCUGCUCAUAUCCACAGUCAGGGAACAUAACGCCGCAGCUCACAGGAGGCCACGACAAGGUGAUGUUGAAUCUGCUCUGACCACAUGGCGGACGACUUCAGUCAAUCCCUCACCCCACCAGUGUCCCCCUUUGCAGCAGACAGCCUAUGUGAGCUGACUCCCACUCAGCCACCAUGCUUCUGCUGCUCGGAAACAAAGGACGACCCCACUGGAGCUCUCUCCACAGAGGGAUUUGCUGCCAGAGGUUCACUGAAGCGGCUGCUGUUGCAUCUCGACCCUGCCCCUGCAGAGUAUGAGACAGACACGGUGGAGAUUUUUGGCUUCCCCUGGGUAACAGAGACAGCACUGGUAGAAUCUACAAAGGUUCUCUUUGGUCUGUUCAGACAAAAUGUUUACAGGUUGGAGACCUUGGUGCAGUCCAGCUCAAAAGACUUUGGUCAAGCAGGCAACCUCCACUAUGAAGCAGGAGACCUCAGACAACAGUGUGUUUCAUUUCUCCAGUUUGUCAAGGUCUUUGUGCACAGAUAUCUGGAACCUAUCGGCUCCAUGGAUGCAUGUCCACCCCACCCCUACGAGGAACUGGAAGCCCAGCUUCCCUCUGCUCUUUUGGAGGAGCUGUUUGGCAUCACUCUCCUCAUAGGACGUCUCAAAGACCUGCCUGCCAAUGUUCAGAGUGCCUUCACUAUACAGAACCCUGGAAAGAUUUUUCCUCCCUCGUGGCAUUUGCUACACCUUCAUCUCGACAUCCACUGGUCCAUCUUGGAGAUCCUUCACAUGCUUGGUUACAAGAUGCAAGGCCAGGUGGUGUAUGCCGACCAGUUUGUGAACCUGACGGGAGAGAACCUGACUGAUUCCAGUCUGUUUGAAGAACACCUGUGCAGUCUGCUGUGUGACCUCACUGGUCUGGCCAUGGGCAAAUACAACAAGGUAAGACCUACAGAGGCGCUGUGCAGCCAUCACUACCUUUGCUCCUGCACCAAAGAACUGUGGGUGCUACUCAUGCAUCUGCUGGAAUACAGGAAUAGAGUGUUGCACACACAGUCUUUUUGGAGCUACAUGAACUUGUUGCUGAGGCCUCUGGUGUCAGGGAAGCCUGCAACAGAACAGUUCAGGGGCCUCCCCACUCACUGCAAAGACCCUCUGGGAUUCACAUGGUGGCUGGUCACUCAUUUAGCAAUGUUAGGCCAAUACAGUCGGAACGGGACCAUCCAGACUGAGAAACAUCUGGGUGAUAACUGGGCUUUUGUGGAAGAACUGCUCAAGUUAACUUGUAAUCCCAAGGGAGGUCUUGCAGAGGAGCAGGUUAGGAUGCAUGUCCACUGUUGUCUCAGUGUCUGUCUGCUGUGGGAGCCAAGCACCAGUGCCGUCUCCACACUUUGGGACUACUACAGCAAGAAUCUGAGCGCCUCAUUCACUGUGCCCUGGCUGGGGAUGUCUGGCCUGGGCACUCUGUGCAAGAUGCCCCUGGCUCUGCUGGAGCAGGCCCGCAGCUGCUCCUCCCCCUCUCCCCUCCAUUCUCCGGGACACACCCAGCUCUACCGCUCAGCCAACUCCUUCCACAUCUUCCUUCGAGUGUUGGCCCUGUGCCUUGCCCAGGACAGGGCUGGCGGAGUCCCACAGAGACAGAUCAAAGGGAGGAUUUACUCCAAGUUCUCCUCGAAGAAAAUGCAGGAGUUGUCAGAGGCCGGCCUCAUGAACUUCCUCUUGUUGUUUCUGGUGGUUGCCCGACAGAUAGAGCUGGAGGACGUGGCCAGCAGAGCCUGUGAGUUGCUCGGCUUCCUUCCAGCCAGCUGCCCCCCUGGACACCGUACCCUUGUCUGGAGAGGUCAGCUAUCACUGCUCUUGUUGUUCCAGGAGAGGGGUCUGGAUGUUGGUGCCCAGGCUAGUUGGCUAGCUUCCUCCUUUAAUGAGACAGCCAAAGAGUUCUACAAUAAGACCACAGAGGUCUCUCGCAGACUUGCCCUCUGGGGGCCACUUGGCUCCUAUCUGGAUGGCGUGUCCGAGGUGUUUGAGACGAGCACCAGUCUCAGCCUAUCAGAGGAGAAGCUGCUUAACGAAGGGUUUGCUUGGUUGCUGCCCGCCUGCCGCCAGACAGAGCUGAAUUCUGCCUUGGGCUUUCUGCAGAUUGUCCUCGCCCAGCUCAGACGGGUCCAUCAGCGCAGUGUCCAGCCAGCACCCACCCUCGCCUGGCCUCCCCCUACCACCAGUGUGGUGAAAGAGCGCCACCUAGCUGUAGCAUCAGCUCUCUGGUUGCACUUCUUCCCCUUCCUGCGCAGCCUACGCCUCUCACAGACCCCUCCAGCACAGCUGGCAGAUGCUGCUGCAGGAUUCACCCUGCUUGCAUUUGAUUUGCCCAGCUCUGCCCCCCAAGAUCUUCAGCCCAACCCAGUCCAGUCCAUCAUGCAAUGCUUUGGCUGGGACGACAUGGUUCACCCACUUCUGGUGACUCGCUACCUUCCCCAUCUGCUCCAAAACAGUGAGCUGGUGUCGUCACUAAGCGGUGACUCUGGUGCCGGUGUGCCGGGUUCCGCACAAAGCCUGUCGGUGAGGGCCUGGUUCAGAUGUGUUCUACAGCAGCACCUUCACAAGAACCCAGAUGGGUCUGACAGCAGAACAGGCCGCGCUGUGGAGGAGCAGUUGUGUGAACUGACCCGGCUCGUGCUGAGGCUUCCUGAAGUGGACAGUCUUCUGCAGAGAGCUGGCCUCCAGCCCACAGCCACCAGACUGGAGUCCACUCCAGCCCUGGAGAUGUUUAUCAAGGCUGUGGGCUGUGUGUACAGCGGACUGCAGACUCUGUCUGAGCGUUCAGCCAUGGUGACCAGAGCGUUGGACUUCAUCGGAGACAUCCUGAAACACAUUAAACCUUCUCUGGUCAGCAAGAACCAAGAGGGACUGCAUCUGGCCUACUGGGCUGUUGGCUGCAUAGUGAAGCAUUGGAGCCCCCUGCUGGCCACAUCAAAAGCCCAGCAGCUGCUGUUCCGUAUCGUGGAUGGGCUGCUGCUUCCCCACAACCUCACACAGCAGGAUAAAGCUCUCAGGGACAGCCUACCACUGUAUCUACAGGGUUUGUCUGUGGCCUCCAGUGUGUCUCAGUCGCAGGGUGCCUACCUGAAGCAGCAGCUCCGUUCUGUUACCCGCAGAUAUCUGGAUCAUUUCCUUCCUGCCUCACCUUCCAUAGGCAUCAUUGCCAACCACCCGGUGCUUCUGGGUUCCUGCGAGGCCAAUUCAAUCUCCCGGGGGCCAGUGCUGAGGAAGAUCAUCCUGGAGGUGCUCUGUGAGAGCUUCCUGCAGUUCAAAGGUUACGCUCCUCCACCUCGUCUGGCCUCUGCCCUGAUGUUUCUGUUAGAGCUUCUGAGACGAAAUAGAGACACAGACCCCGCCCUCCUCACGUUGCCCCUCCCCUGUCUGCUGCGCUGUGUGAUGCUGGUCAACGAACCGCAGGUGAGGAAGAUAAGCACAGAUGCUUUACAGCUUGUGGUGGAGCGAUGUGCUGCAGCAUCUACCGAGGGACCAUGUGACCAGAUCAUCGCUGUCUUACGGUCAUUUGUGGAGGAGAAUGAGGGAGUCUAUGACCGGCAGGUGUACAGCACCCUGGAGACAGUGGCUGUUUUAGAUCCCUCUGUGGUCCAAGCUCUCAUUCCCACCUUGUCUCUCAGUCUGAGAAACACUGAGCACAAGAGAGGCCUGGGCAAGAACAUCGCCUUGAGGACUGCGUAUAGGAAGCUGCUGUCGCUCCUUGGGGAGAGUGGGCAGGUUGAAAUAAGCAGUUUGGAAGUUGACUGAAAAAAGUCCAGGACCUGGCACCAGCUCCAAGAAGGUUGCUUAGCAGAGUAUCUUACAAAAUCUAAGAGCGUCUCAUUACUGUGGUAAUUCAAACUCAAACUACUGAUGAAGAAAAACAGCACAUGUGAUACAUUUACAAUGUUUCAUGAGUUGUGGACCAAGUGGACUUUGACAGCUCCUAAUGCAUGAGCCUAAUAAGUCUAAUAUCACCAGGUUGUAUAUAUGUACGUAUUGUAAAGAACAUGCAUUUCUGUAUGUGGACAGAUGUGUUAUUAACAAAAUAAAAUGUGACAAUUUA